GAUCGCAGGUUAUGACGGGAGAGAAUGGGCCUCCGGGCAGUCCGCAGCAGUCCCCGCCCCCGGGGCGCCCCGUCGGCGACUCAGUGGGCCGGGGCUCACUGUGCCUCCGGCCUCGGCAUGGGGAACGCCAUCAGGGCCCUGGUGGCCUUCGUCCCCACUAACUGCUGCCAGAGCUACGUGGUCAAAGACCUCUGGGAGAUGCCGGCGGACAAGAUGGUGGACCUGAGUGGGAAGCAGCUCCGCCGCUUCCCUGCGCACGUGUGCUCCUUCCAGGAGCUGGUCAAGCUCUACCUGAGUGACAACCACCUCAACAGCCUGCCCCCUGAGCUGGGGCAGCUCCAGAAUCUGCAGAUCUUGGCCCUGGAUUUCAACAACUUCAAGGCUCUGCCUCAGGUGGUGUGUACUUUGAAACAGCUCUGCAUCCUCUACCUGGGUAACAACAAACUUUGCGACCUCCCCAGUGAGCUGAGCCUGCUCCAGAAUCUCCGGACCCUGUGGGUGGAGGCCAACUGCCUCACCCAGCUGCCAGAUGUGGUCUGUGAGCUGAGGCUCCUUAAGACGCUGCACGCCGGCUCCAACGCCCUGCGUCUGCUACCAGGCCAGCUCCAGCGCCUCCGGGAGCUGCGGACCAUCUGGCUCUCAGGCAACCUGCUGACUGACUUCCCUGCUGUGCUGCUGCACAUGCCCUUCCUGGAGGUGAUUGAUGUGGACAGGAACAGCAUCCGUUACUUCCCCAGCCUGGCCCACCUGUCAAGUCUGAAGCUGGUCAUCUAUGACCAUAAUCCUUGCAGGAAUGCACCCAAGGUGGCCAAAGGUGUGCGCCGUGUGGGAAGAUGGGCAGAGGAGACGCCAGAGCCCGACCCCAGGAAAGCCAGACGCUAUGCCUUGACCCAGGUGGAAAGCCAGGACGGAGAGGCACCUGCCCUGCCUUCUCUACUUCUUCCUCCCAACUCCUGAAAAGCUUCAGCUGUCAGUCAAGGCCAAGGACACAACCCCAGUGUCUUCUGGACACCUCUCCUUUAGAGUGCAAAGGAUUGCUCUGGGAUAUGUGGGGUGCCUCUGCCAGUGGGGGCUGAUCAAGUGAGAAGAAAUGCCUCAAUCACACCAAGAAGAAAAAAUUUCUGGCCAACAUCUCUCCCAAAGCGAAGCUGUGUGCUCUGGGUAGCAUGAGGACUUCUUUGCAAGAAAAUCCGCUUCUCCAGCUAUUUUGGAAUACUGAAGAGUCAGAAGGGCCAGGACAUUUUGUCCUUCUCCACUCUCCAGAAGUGGCUGUUCACGAUGCUCAUGAACUCCUCAAAUAAGGUAUUUAUUAAAGAAUUCGCCUGGCUCCAGCCCUUUACAGGAUAUAUUGUGUUACUAUGAAUGACCAUAAGUGGUAUGAAAAUACUAAUUCAGGCCGCUUAUAAAAGACAUUUUUACCUACUCAGUCAGACUCACAGACUCUGUGCUGUUGCAAAGGCUCAAGAUGAAGCUUCUUCCCUGCAGCUCAGUGCAUGCUGGGAGAAGACCCGAUGGAAAAUGCCUCCUGGUGGAGUCCGGCUGCCAUUCUGCACUUGACAGAGGUUCAUGCUGACUUAGCUGGUUUUCCCUAAAGGGUAUGACCCAAGAUCUGCUCUCAACUGCUUCCUGUUACCACAAUGCUAGAAGUCAUCUAGAAAGUACAACCUCUUGUUGGCCACAUGGUCUUAUUAAAAUCAAGUAGUUGUAAUCCUGCCUGCCUCUGUAGGGCAGAGUCCCUGUUUAUUCACAUUAAUGAAGCAGAGCUGAACUGAAUCCCCUUCUGUCGAGGGAAACAUUUCCAGAGCCAUAUUAGGAUAAAGGCAGUAGGUGAAAAAUGUUUACUUGAAACAAGCAUCUGGAAAUCUGAGUUGCAGGUUGUGGUAUACCUAGGACGCUUCCGCCUCUAGCCGCAGCUUCUCAGCCUUUGCUCUGAUUUCUGUUGAUUUUUGUAGAUACAGUCUUUUGAUGGUCAGUGUAUAGCUUAGAUAUUUUGGCCGUUUUUUAAAAUGUAAAUUGUGACCUUUUCUUCUUCCCACAAGUACAUCAACCUUAAAGAUACUGCUGUCAGUGGGUGAUUUAAUAUAAUAUAGUCCUUUAUGUUUUUGAACCCUUCCAGCACGGACACAAAAAGUGUCCUCUUUACUAAAACUUUCAUGUGUUUAGCUUUUGAAAAGUUACUUUUGCCAUAAAAGCAACUUUACCCAGCAAUGUUUGAUUCUAAAAUGACACUGCAGAUUAUUUUCAAGUGUUUUCCUACUAUAAAUAUUUCUUGCUAAACCAGAAGAAGAAAACGUUUCAUAUCACAAUCUCUUCCUAUUGCUACCUCCCAAUCUGUAGAAUAUUUGCAACCCACUGAUUAGACUGCCAACAGAUCCCUUUAAUCAUUCAAUAUAAUAGGCUGUCAAAUAUUUAACUGCUUUAGUAACCAGUCCAGAUUUCCAUUAGGCAACUAGGAUUUACAGUUUAUUUUCUCAUGUCUGACUGACUGAAGCGAAACUAUACUCAGUUGAUGCUAGAAACGUUAUGCCAACAGAACUGCCUUCUGAGCUGUAUCUAUAGCCAGCCUUAUAGAUGGCUCUGAUUUCUUUUGACCCUGGCUUCCUCCUCCUAAGAUGAAUGGGCCCACCUUUUCCACAGCUGUAGGCUACAGCCAUAAAACAGAGUGAUGCCAACUGACCUGUACAGAGUUCUUGUGUAAAGAGCUAACUGGUCUGAAUCAAAUGUCAAAUUAUAAACAUUUGGCACGUA